AUGUCUGCGGAGCACCACGAGCCGGCCUUGGACGGCCCGUCGUCGAGCUACCCUCCGCUCCCCACCACCGCUAGCGAAAGCUCUCCCGCCACCACCACCGCCACCACCACCACUACCACUACCCACACCAACACCACUAUCAACAACGACAACAACAACAACAACAACAACAACAACAGUAGUAGCAGUACCGACGAUGCGAACAUGGAGCUAAUGGCCUCUGCUGCCGCCGCCGCCCUGGCGCCCGAGCACCCGAGGCCGUCUGAGCCGGACCAUCCGCAAGAACCCGCGCCGCAGGCCGUGGUCGGGGAAAAACGCCGCCGAGACGAGGCCGAACCCGAGAAUAGCUACGACCACCAUCACCACGACCCUGCCCUCCUCAUGGCCGUUGCCGCCGACGCGCGGCGCGCCGAGGGAUCCGCGACCAGCAAGCAGAAGCGCCAUAGGCUAGACGAGGAGCAAGUACGGAAAAUCAAGUGCGAUGCCCUUCCCGAAGGUUGCUCGGCUUGCACUACGGCGCGCGUGGAAUGCUUUGUGACGGACCGCGUCUCGGGGAGGACGGAGCGGAGAGGCUACCUGCAAGAGGUGGAGCGCGAGCGCGAGCGCAUGGUCCAGUACAUACUCGACCUGGAGCGCAUCAUCACAGACGCCACCGACAUGGUGGUCCGGCCGUCCGCUUGGACUGCGGGGCUUCCUCCCGCCGGCGAGCUCCCCGUGACCCCGGGCUUCAGGCCGAGGCAGGGCGCGCUCGUGGACACAACCGAGGCCGCCGAGAACCUUGCGUAG